GUGACUCUGAGCGAGCUGAGUCCUGAAGGUGAGCGGUGAAGCUACACCCAGCCCCGCGAACUGGUAGUUGUGCAACAUGGGAGGACGGUGCAAACGCAAGGAGCCGAAGGAGGACAUAGGAGCUGAGCUCUCUCCGCUGCCAGGGGACACCGCGGCGGACCUGGCCGAGCCACACACACCUGUUCCCGGGUUGAAGGCGCAGAAUGUGGGCGGUAGUAAGAAAGGUGGAAGACGUUCCAGUUACGGUAGCGAUAAGGUCUACCUCGGAGUCCGUGUCAAAAUGCCAGUGAGGGACAUGCUGAGAAAAAUCCGCACAGCCCAGGGCUGGGAACCUCAGGAUGUUCAGGAGAUUUACGGCAAAACAGACAAAGGAGGGAAAACACGAGUCAAAACUCGCACAGGACGCCGAAAUACCAAGAAAAAGCACGCGAUAAAAAGCCUGGAGGAGCUGGCAAUCAUCGUUGAGGUGUUGGAGGAGGAUCUUCGGAGCAGCAGCACGUGCCGCUCCCCUCCCCAGUGUUUGUCUUCCUACAACCCUCCAGUGUCUCCUGGUUGGUCACCAUCUGGUUCAGGGUACAACAGUGACGAGUCCGAUGAAAUGAUCCCCAGCCCGCAGUCCUACAUGACCUACUCACCAGGCACAGCAGAGUACCAGCAGGCCCUGUCCCCUCCUGGCUUCAUGCACGCCAGCUUCCAGCCGUCAAGCUUCAGAAACAGUGGAGGAGUUGGUGGAGGGGAGGAGGAGUGGUUUAAUCCCCAGGACCACGCCUGGAACCUGAACAACUCUGCUUUCUUCUGGGCACAGCUUCAGAAAGAGGAGAGCCAGCUCAGUGACAUCUGUGACACUGUACUGCUGGCCCCUGAUGACCAGGGCAAGACUGCUCUCCAUAAAGUGGCGUGUGUCGGAAAGAGGGCACUGGGCUACGCCAUCGCCAAAAGGAUGGCCGCACUCAACAGCCUGGACCUGAAAGACUCUGAUGGAAUGACUGCACUCCUCCAUGCAGCAAAGCACAACCACCACCUGAUGGUAGCAGAUCUGAUCCGUUUGGGGGCCAACGUCAAUGAGACGAACAACUCAGGGAAGACCUGCCUCCACCUCAGUGCUGAGAAGGGCUACAUCAGAGUCCUGGAGGUUCUAAGGCACAUGAUGAUGGAUGGUGUGUAUGUUGACGCUGAAGCCACUGAUAACUCUGGAAUGAGUGUCCUCCAGUGUGCCUCUGUGGCUCUGAAAGCCACAGUACGUGAGCUGGAAAGCAGCAAAUCCCCCAGUCACACCAGACUCCACACGCUCCGCCAAGAGCAGCUGAUGGAGACCCUGGAGUGUGUGCUGCAGAUGGGCAGCUACCUUCAUACCAUGGGGAGCCAGAGUAUCCAACCUAGGAUGGGAUGACCUCGUGGCACUUCGGCCCGGCAGGGCUUUUUGGAGACCCGACAGUAAUGUUCUGAGUUGGUUCAGGCUUGAACUCUUGAAUUUGAAUGGAGAGACCACAAUUAGUGAAGUUAAUUUUCUCUCUUAGCUUGAGUUCAGGCCUGUUAUGUAAAGCAUCUGGGGUUUUGUGUGUGGUAAAAACACCUGACUUGCAAUCAGGUGUUUAUUGUAACCCACACAGAGACGUCAGGUGCCCGUCAGCUGGUUUCUGUGAAACUUCCCUUGUUUGUUACAUUGGAGUAGCAAGUCGUCCUCAGUUAGUGUGUCUGUGGAGAUCAAGAUGUAAAAUCCUAUGAGAAUAUUUUUUUAAAGAUGAUAGUGUUGACUGUUAGAGCCAUAGGAUUUUUACAUGUCAGAUCUUUUCACUUGUACUUGAGGACAUUUUAAUACGUAUUGUUUGGUGGUGGGAGUAAAUCCAGUUUCAUCUGACUGCCUUGGCAUGAGUGAGCACAUGUAGAACAGUCACGUGCAGGGAGUUUUGGUUCUGUUUGUGUUAUGUAUUAGCAUAUUAUCAAGUUUCUGAAUUCGUCUAAACAUGCAAACUGUACUCUGUCCGAUGUGUUGUAAUGUGGCCUGUCUUUUACCUGCUGUUUAAAGGAACAAUGGGUUGCUUCCUUACUGGAAGUUAGAGGAGAAUCUAAUCUAAUCUAAUCUCUGUGCGAUCUGUAGAGAAGCGUCCAAAAUGUGUUCAGCCUGGCUAGGUUAAAUCAAUAAUAAUAAUAAACUUUAUUUAUAAAGCAGCUUUCAUGCAAGAAAUGCAGCACAAAGCACUUUAUAAUAAGGGUAUAAUGAGCACUGAGAGCUUCACAUGAAAUCAGACAGAAUGGCCAUAAAACAGGCCAACCAAGCAGUUUAAUAUAAAGUGGUUACAGAGAAGGCAUCAUAACUCAGUAUUAGCAAAACCAUACAUUUCAAAAUCAUACAAUAAUUAAAUCAUAAAAUCAAGUAAGAUACAACAUUUUAAAAGAAUUGCAGCAGCGUGAAGCGUAAAAAGAAAGAGUUUUGUACCUGUAUUUUGAAAGGCAUAGCUAGUUAAAGUCUAAAGUGAACAGAGACACUUUUAGCUUUCUUUUAAAAAUGAUUAGCGUUCUAGCUUCCCUGAUAUCUAUCUAUAGGUUGUGUGUUCCAUAGCUUUGUGUGUAAUUGACAAAGGCUGCAUCCCUGAUCUUCUCCCAGCUCAUGUUAGGAACCUCCAACAACCAGCAGCAGAUGAUCGCAUACAACAUUUAAACAUUUCAGAGGGAAUAUCUUAUCCUUUUGAUUGGCUCUGCAACAUAACCCUGCAUCCAGUCCUUGUGCUAAGCUAAACUAAAUUAGACUAAACGUGUUUUGGACCAUGUCUCAACAGAACGCACAGAUAAAAGUAUAAAUAAAUAAAUUAUGUAUUAUUAUUUUUGAUUAGUGUCCCAACACGUUCUCAUCCGGAGUCGUCACAUAUGGCUGCUUUGUCAGUGGCUUUUCGCGUCUACAUAUUACGUGCCAGGUAUCCUCCUGCUUCUGGAGGAUAGCCAGGACGUCAACAAAAGCACAUACUUAGGUUUAAAAAAAAACAAAAAAAACAUCAUGGUUUCACUCUACAUUCGUACAAGCAGCAAACACUGGGCUUCUGCACAAAAGUCCAGACUUUGUUGGACCCAUCCACCAUUACUCCCACCCGCCCUAUUGGGAUAUUCCAGCUCCUUUUAUGAAGUGGUAACCAGCAGUGUUUCACCUCACCGUAUGGCUUUUCGUCCAUACCGCAGAAGAUUACGUCCGGCUACAUUACAAACCGAUGCUGCCUGGCGACUUAUCAUAGCGCCGCAAAGAUGGUUUUUGGCAUCAGGUGCCUGACACCGAAAUCACUGGCAAAGCGGCGAUAAUCAACGACUUCGGAAUGAGAACGAGCUGAAGUGUCAGGACACAGCUGUAGUCCAUGUAAAUGUUUUAGAAAAUGAGUAGAUGAAUAUUGUUGCUUUGAGACAUUCGUCAGGCGUCACUGGGAGCUGUGCCUCAGAUCGGUUAAAGCCAUGUGGUCUUUGCAGUCACUAAUUUACGUGUUAUUUUAAGUGAGCAUCACAGGUAUUAUUUUCUGUGUUAAACUUUGCUCAGGCAAAGAUGCAAAUAUAAGGUAAUGUGAUGACCUAUUCUGUAUUGAUCUGUAAUGUGGUGGGCAACAGUAAAAAGGAUAACGUGACGUUAAUGUAGCCGCAAGCGGCAACAUGAGGGAUUUCUACUCAGGCAAAAGGUGUAUUUUUUACUAUUGAAAAAGAUGUGAGUAUUUUGAUGUGAUAGGUGGUCACUAAGUGGCUGACCACAGCUAAUAUGAAAUGUGUUGACUUGGAACAAAACCUUAGUCAUGUACAGCACUUUGUAGGUUUAUAUGUAUACUGAUAAUGAACAGGGUAGUUUUGUUUUUAUGCUGAUUAAAGUGAAAGUAGCCGAGAAUUUAGAGAUAUAUUUGUGUUCAUGUAGAGUAUCUUACACAUUUAUUUAUAUACCUAUAAUGUGGGGUGUUUGUUUGUUUGUUAUCAUUGAUUAUAGUGAAAAGUGAACUACUGAUAUAACUUUUACAUUUAUUUUAAUGCAUACAGAUAUGUUAGGGAUUCUGGUUCCUGUAUGUAUUGGAGUACGGCAUUUUCUCAAAUAAAGCCUGUAGUCCAGUGAAGACCAGUUCUUACAGAAUGGCCGCAGGCGUGUACACCACAGGCAAAUAAAGGCCAGCCCAAAUGUAGGCUUGAGGAAAACUAGAAUUACUGCCUUGCAGUUGUAUGCCUCCACGCAAUGGUCACGUUGCAAUUAGUUUACAUCCGUGUCCGUGAAAACGUGGAUGCUUAACACACAACUUACCCCCGGCAGCACAGAAGAUCUGUACAAUCAACACAGUUUCAAGGUGCACAGUAUUUUCUAUUUUCCAAGCUGAAAAUGUGGUUUAUUGUAGAAAUCUCAGUAAGCAGUCAUUGUGUAAUACGCAGUAAUUCGACCAUCAGAUUUUAUUUGUAUUACUCUUUAAAUUGAGCAAUGUUUGAUGAAUGAUUCAGACUGUCGGAGCUCAGGUAGAGCUUAUCUCCAGACAGAAAUGAUAUCAUAGUUUCAACCAGUUUUCUUCUUCCUCUUGUCCAUAAAGAAUAAGUUGUGUGAUAAUACAGUAGUUUAUUACGUUAACGUGUAGAAACGACUCAUUUUUUAAGCAGUGAUUCACAUUAGUGAUGGAUAUCAGUUGUUGUUAUCACAGUUCAUGCUUUUUGUAUCAACCUGUUUGUCUUAAAGAGUUGAAUAAACUUCUGGGUUCAGUAAA